UGUAAAGCUUGGUAGUACAUAUAAAGGGCGUUUAUAUUAAUUUAUCAUCCAGUUGGUUUUCGCCAUGGGACCGAGCAGAGGGCUUGUGUCUGCGCUACGCUGUCUUCUGGCAGGACUUUACUGCACUCAAACCGUUAACGCAGGUUUAUACCUGAGCCCGUGGUCUCCCACCAGUCCCACCGGUGGGCACUCGCCAAGACUGCAUUCCGCUAUACAACACUCGUCACUGUCUUGCCCGAAAGGUCAGUUUGAAUGUGGACGUGGAUUUUGCAUCCCAGAGUCAUGGACUUGCGAUGGCCAGGAAGAUUGCCCCCGCGGAGAGGACGAAAAAAGCUGCUCGCUAGAGUCGUGUGACGCCACACAGUUUGCAUGUAGGAACAGCCAAUGUAUUAUGAAGAGCUGGCUUUGCGACGGCGAUGUAGAUUGCGUCGAUGGGUCUGACGAGGAACACUGCCCGCUAGAGCCUUGUGCCGCCACACAGUUUGCAUGCAGAAACAGCCAAUGUAUUAGAAAGAGCUGGCUUUGCGACGGCGAUGUAGAUUGCUUCGAUGGGUCCGACGAGGAACACUGCCCCCCUUCAAAGCCAGAGACAACGGACGCUCUGAACUCGCAGAAUCAAGACACAGCGAAAGCAGGAGAAUCAGACAAGCCGACGGAGACACCAGGAAUUAUUAAUAAGAACACGACUACCGUAGAGCCUCGUAAUGUAUCAUACAUACUUAAUUAUACAGCUUCUGGCUGGUACCAACCAAAUGACACUAUCAAACGUACUCCGACAACCAAGAUUGACACUACUCAGUCCGUCAAUAACUCAAGGUCAAAUUCGGAGGAUCGAGAAGACGCGAAGGAGUCAGAAAAGCUGACGGUGGCGACAUCUGGUGCGUCGAGUGCGCAAGAGGUGCACUUCGCGCUGUCGCUGGUGCCGCUGCUGCGCGCGCAGCCGCCGCGCGCCCGCCUCGACGCAGAGGCGAAUAUCUUGACGUAUUUGAAGGAACGUCAAACAGUAUAAAGGCUUUUAACAAAAUUUA